CUCAGUUCUAUGGCUUCUUGAUCUCAGCGUCAAAGGGAAGGAUCCCGUUGCAUUUGUGCGGCAGUUUGCUCCUGAAGUCUGGGGUUUCCUGUCAUGCCAAGAUCGCGGAAUCAUGUGUCUACCCGAUGCCCAUCCAUAUCUUGUUGAUAUCCUCAUGAUCUCAAGUUCUUCAUCCUUUCGUAGUAUGGCUGGCACAUACGACACUUUCAUUUCUUUUCAUUUUCUGUAGUUUGGCUGGUUCAUUCGACAUUUUUUCAAUUCUCAAUUGGUUCUUUUGUUUGUUUACGAAUACUCUACGUCCGACCUUCGACCUGCCUCUCUUUCCGAAUCAGUAUAUUCUAUGUUACGACUUUGAAGCGAUUGUCUAUCAAGCUCGGUAGAAGGCAUAAGCCAUGGCUCCAUUCAACCAUUUCGGUGCUGUUUUCUCGACACCGCUACCCCCGGUUUCUCCGCCAUCGACCAAACGGGGCGUGAGGGAACAAAGGGCAGAACGAAGGGCACUGCGGGAUUUUCAGCCAGAGAGGGCUCCGAACACAUCUAGAGACUCGAAAUUAAGGCGAGGUCGACGACUAUCGCCUCGACAGGAACCUGCUGUGGUCGAUUUGGAUAGUGCCAGCACUGGUGAAGUGAGCAGCGCCUCGGACAGUGGCAGUGCUCCCGCAGCAACGGAGAGAGGGAUAUUAGGUGAUGCGAUAGCUGGAGUUGGUUCUGCGGUUGGCAGUGCUGCUGGAGCGAUCAGCGGUUCGAAUAGUGACAAUGCUCCCGCAGCGACGGAGAGAGGGAUACUAGGCGAUGCGAUAGCUGGGGUUAGUUCUGUGAUUGACAGUGCCCUCGAUCCAAUCCUUGGUGGUGGCCAGAGUUCUACCGCCGUUGCAGCUCCCGAGAAAACCAAUGCCGCCGAGGUAGAAAGCAAGUCGACUCCUGUCGCCACCACGGCGAGCGAACCAGAGGCCGGUGCUAUUACGUCGAACAAACCAUCGCCUGACGCCGUUGAAACGAGUAGGCCAGCUAUCAUUACCACAACGCCAACGGAACAUACUAGUAAAUCGCCUGACGCACCAGCAUCAUCAGCUCCGCCAGUAGUGGCAGUGGCAGGAACUACCGGAGUACUUUCAGCAGAAGCCGCUGCUACUCCUACACCUAGUAAUGCAGGACAACUGACAAGGUUUAACCCAGAAUUUACCAUGGCCUUUCCAACACCUACAGCACAAUUGCAGAGUGCAGACCGCGUCAGUCUCGGUAACAGCCAAGCCACAGGUGCUGCCGGGCAGAAGGCCCAGGGUCAGGCUGUUGACUCUAUUGUCUCAUCUGAUCCUGGCUCCGAUUCAGACUCCGACGAUGGCAUUGACUCCGGCGUAGAGUCCGACGAUGAUCUCGAUUCAGAUUAUGAAGAUGACGCUACCGAGUCUCGGUUGGUCGCCUUCACAACAAUCUCUGGCACCCCUCUCUCGACGUUAUCAGCCGUCUUGGAUCCUACUGCUGUGCGGAACUUGCCAAGCAACGUCACCCCAGUCUCUCAGACUGGUGGCCAAACUACGAUAGCUUCAGCCGCUGCCAACAACAAACCAUCACCACUUACUCCUGAAGCCUCAAAUGGCCUGAUCGCUUUUGGUGCUGUCGGCGGCGUGCUUUUACUCAGCUUUGUAGUAUACAUCCUGCUUCGUCUCCGCAAGACCGAUGCCUUCGGCUGCUUCAACUGUUGCGGAAGCAAACGCAAGUCUCAGAGUAAUGCCUCAAAGUCCCUUUAUCAUGCUAGCGGCGUUUUUGGCACAGCUGCCCCCUCUGAAACUCAAACCCACUCGCGAGGCUUCUCGGCAUUUUUCAACCCCAUGAUCCAGUUAAGAGCCGCCGAGUAUGAAAAAGACCCAAGCCUGGGCCAACCGUACUCGCGCAACUCGUUGAUACAAAAUGCGGCGCCUAUCGCUGUGAGCCAACAGCCCAUGCCAUCUAGGGAUGAUCCCCCUCCAAUGCCCGUCCUUCCACCAGCGUACCGUCAAGCCAAUGGAAAGAACCCCCGGAUGUCAGAGGUCUCCAGUCUCUCAUCUGGAUUUGGAGAUGCUGUAAUUGAUAUCCCCGAAUCAGGACCAACAACAACAUACCUUAGCAACAAGUCCGCCCAAGUUUUACCCAAGCCUAACAACCAAACGCUCGGGCUGGACCUAGGCCCACGGUUCUCAUGGGCCAACGUACCUACGCCCCGAACGCUCGGCACCCACAGAAACAGAGACACUGUCAAUACUGCCACGACGACCACUUCGCGUGACUCAGAGCCCAGGUUCCGCACCGUAACAAGCUGGGUGAAUCAGCAGACGAACCGAGUGAUGAAGAACCAAGGAGAUAGCGGCGCUUCUAGUGUCUCUAGCCAGGAGAGGAGCAGCGUCCCGGACGUACCGGCCGUUCCUGAGGCGUAUGGGGGAGGGAAGCAUCAGAGAAUGCCGAGUGCGGAGACGGAUGUGGUGUUCAGGGCGCAUCCGGGGGAUGAGGUCGAGAUUAAGGAGAGUUCGAGGAUUCCGAGCACGUUGUUGACGAGGAAGUUGAGGCUUUGAGGGGUGGAGGAUGGGGCUAUGGCUAGUAGUGUAAUAACACACGUGGUGUAUUGAAGGGUGGGAUGUGGAGGGGGAAUAUAGCAUAGUAUCUGUCUAUGGGGUAGCUCCUGGGGACUACUCAUAGCGGAUGCACAGCGUUAAAUCUUGAG